UGAUAUUCCAGUUUUUUUUGCUGAACAGAUGGAAAUACUCUCCUGGAUCAUAGACCUUGCUUUUACAAAUUCCAGACAAAAAGAUGAUAAAGUUUUUCAAUUAAUCAAAAGUUGACAAAUUAAGAACUCAUUAAUGUUUAAUGAAUCAAUUCGCUGAAGAAGAGCCAUACUUUCAGUUUUGAUAUGUAUUUGUAAAGCAUAACUCAUGGAUCGUUAAGAAUCGAUGCUAAAACAAGUUAAUGUAUAUUCAAAUGAACAAUGGAAGAACAACAUUAUGAUGAGUUCACAGAUGAUAGCGUGAAAGAAGAUGAUGCGUCUGGACGACAACACGGAGUUAAUCUGGACGAUAACACAGAGCUUAGAAAAAAAUCCAGCCAAACAAUUGACAGCAAGAAUUUGGAUGAUUUCGAUGAAGAAGACAAGGAACGCACUCACGCCAAUAGAAAUCAAAAGAAAAGCGUCAUGGAAGAAAACUUAAAAUCCUUUCAAGAUGACGGAGAGUGUAUGAAGUAUAUGAGAGAAUCUAUGCAAAUCACAAAGAAAAAUACUUUGAAUAAUUUUGAUGAAAAGAAGAGAAACGAGCAAGACUGCAACACCAAAAAUGUUGAAGUUGAAAGUAAAUCCAUGGUGGAAGAUAAUUCUCAUGAUUUUAAUAAAGAAAAUAAAAGCAAGGAUGACAAACACGGUGAACAUGUUGAAGAUGAAAGCGUUAAGAAGCAAAAUGGACCUUCUACAAAAGAUGCCGGAGAAAGUAUAGAAGGGUCAGAAGAAAGUAACGCUAAACUGGGAGAAACAUUAUCACAACUCUGCGCUAGUUUGAACUUAAAUGUUGAGUCAAAGCUUACCUUAAAACAUUUACGCACUGUAGACAAUCACAUGUUUACUGGCGAUAAUCUAACCUCUACUGACCAAAUCCCUGGUUAUAUUCUUAAAACAUUGAUGAUUGCUGACUACCAUGUGCGUGAAUUUACCUUAAAACCAUUAAAUUCAAACGAAAGGGGUGAAGUUUCCAAUGAAUUAAAUGAAGACAUUGAAGACACUGGUUCUGAUGCGAGAGACAGCGAUAGCGAAAGUGGAAAUGAAAUUGAAAGUGUGGAAAGGAUUAACCCUGUGGAUGCUUUAAUAGGGAUUUUUCAUUGCUCUGAUAUUUUCUUACGGCAAGAUCUAGCUGUUAAACUUAGUGCUUGUCAGCUUAGUAUUCCUUUCAUUUUACCUCAUCCUGAAACGCCAGAAGAGCGCAUAAUAAUCUUACAUUCAACGUUAGAAAAAAUAAAAAAAUCUUGGAAAGGUGCUUCAUCGGAAGAUUCUGCUAAAGAAGUCUACGUAACUGAGCAUCCAUUUCCUGUAGUGUCGUUUAUCCGGGUGGGUAAUGUGACCAUGUCUAAAUCUUCUCUGAUGAAUAAGAUCAUCAGCGACGCUAAUGGUGAUCAUGAGUUCUUCUUUCAUAAAAACAUGGAGGGUGGCGAUGUUGAGAGAAAAUUCGUAAAUGGUUUGGUAGAACUUGUGUGGUAUCUUCCUGGUGGAUGUGACAAGAACACCUUAAAAAAUGAGAUCUGUUUUGCCAAUUUACGUGGAGAUGCUGAAAAGUUUAAGAAGCAACUUGAUAUACUUCGAGAAAUAUCAAACAUUUUGUGUAUUUUAUUGCCCUCAGAAAUGCCCGACGAGCGAACGAAAAAUUUUUUGAAAGAGGCCUUGCUUUGCAAAGGUAAAAUAAUACUUAUUUUUAACGAAAAAAGACGGAAUGAAGCUAAGAAAUUCUACAACGGCUUGAAAAAUGAACAUUCUGCAAAGUUAUCAUUGUUUACAAAAUCGCAAAAGUCGAGCGAGUUUAAAUUUUUACAAAAUAUGCGCAAUGCCAUCCAGAGAAAAAUAAAUGAAACUGAAGUAAAAUCUUUGGUAAACCUUGGACUCUGGCCAAAAAAAAAUGGCGCUUAUUUGGAUGAUGAAAAAGAUUAUGUCGAUUUUGGAAAAACUGUUGAAACUUGGUUUCCUUGGGGCAAUGAAAAAGCAAAAAAAUUGUUCAAACUACAGCUUCACGUUCCUGCUUUGGCAGAUUUGGAAAGAAAGAAGCACAAUCCAAGUCUUUGUCGCAACAUUAAAACUGUUACCGAUCUUACUAAAGUGAAAGAAGACUUGGAAAAGGAAAAAGAGGCUCAAAUGGAAUCUUUGGCCAAAAUGGAUGAAAAUGUUCUUAAUUUUCUUAAAUCUCUUGCUGUCAUGAAUGAGCAUGAACUAGUAGGAAGUUUACAUCAAGUGAAGUAUUUGUUAGAUAAGGUGUCGCUCUCUGUGAUAACAAAACUGCUUCAACAAUAUAGUCAAAAGAAAGGCAAAAAUUACAAUUUGCAAUGUGAGGAAGAAGAGCGUUUAAAGGAACUGGAAGCAUCAAUAUCGCAUACUUCGUUUGGUUUAGAGCAUAUUUUUAGAGAACUUGCUCAACUUUAUCAAUUGAAGAAUGACGUAACAUUUGAUUAUGCUUGUGCUGCAGCAAAUAUUCUUCUUUCAGGAGAGCCUUUGGAACUAUUAGAUGGUGAUUCAAGAUACCUGCCAUUAGAUUGGUUUGAUGCUGUUUAUAAAAUAUUGGAACGCAAAACAAACAACGCUAGAAUUUACGUAAUUUCUGUGUUAGGUAUUCAAAGUUCAGGAAAGUCGACAAUGUUGAAUACAAUGUUUGGUUUGGAAUUUCCUGUAAGUGCACGAAGAUGCACUCGUGGUGCUUUUGCUAGUCUUGUUCCAGUUAGUGAACAACUUAAAUACGACUCAAAUUUUGAUUAUAUAUUGAUCAUCGAUACUGAGGGUUUGAGAGGAUUGGUUGAUCCCAAAUUGAGAGAACACGAUAAUGAAUUGGCAACCUUUGCUAUUGGUGUGGCUGAUGUAACUAUUCUCAACAUCUUUGGUGAAAAUCAGAAUGAAAUGAAAGAGUUUUUGGAAAUGGCUGUUCAUGCUUUCCUGAAAAUGAAACUUGUUAAGGAGAAGAAAUCUUGUAAAAUCGUCCAUCAAAAUGUUGCUGCCACUGACGCUGAAAAGAUGGAUCGGCGCAAUCUAAAACAGGAUCUAGAUAAAAUGGCUAAGCUUGCUGCGGCGCAAGAAAACUGCGAAGAUCAGCUUCAAAAGUUGGAUGAUAUCAUUGCAUUUGACGAAAAGGAAGAUGUGUUUUACAUACCAAGUCUUUUGAAAGGAAGUCCUCCUAUGGCUCCAAUAAACCCAGAUUAUGGCAAAGCCCUACAAAAUGUGAAGGAAAAAAUAGUUAAGGAAAUGUGUUCAAAGAGAAUGGUCAAUUUCACUCUCUCUUCCUUUUGCAAUCGAGUUAAAAGCCUUAGGGAAGCCAUGUUAAAGGAAAACUUAAUCUUCCAUUUGCGAAAUGCGAUCGAAACCCGAGCUUAUGCUGCUUUAGAUAAAAAAUUCUUUGAAAAAUCAGUUGAAGUGAUGAUCAAUGGAAUAGCUGAAACUGAACAAAGCAUCCAUAGAAAAUUUAAACGAUGCUCAACACAAAAAGAACUCGAGAACUGUUGGGUGAUCUGUAGAGUCGACAUAGUUAACAAAGCGAAUGAACUGGAGACUAAAAUGGAAGAAGCGAUUCGUGAAUUUUUUAAAAAUAGUGAAGAUAGAUCCACACUUGAACAAUGGAAAAAAGACGUGCUAGUUAAAAUUAAAAGAUACAAAAGAGAUCGAGAAAUAUCUCUCUUAGCAAGUUGUCAAGACAUCUUCAACUAUCUGCAGCAACGCCAGCAUAUUACAGAGAAACAACAAAUGUAUGAAAAACAACUUCUGAAUGAAGCAAAAAAUUUUGUCAUCGGUCAAAACAUAAAAAAUGAAGAAGAAUUUAAAGAAAUGUUUAAAAAAGAAUGGCAAAAGUGGAUCAAUACGAUUCCUCCUUGCAAGGAAGUAAAACAAAAAGUUGACGAGCAUAUGGUGACGGUUCUUUUACAAGAAAAUUCUGAAUUGAAAGAUGAUAUGGAAUCUAAACUGAGUUCUGUCAAUAGUAAAUUGUCUACAUUUUUGGAUCAGGAUUUUGCCAUUGAUGAAACUAUGCUUUCUUUCAGUAUUUCAGCAAAAAUCGUAAAUGUUGUUGAUCAUAACAAAGGCAAGGCCGUCUUUCAUGCCACUAAAAUCAAAGAUAAAGCUAUAACAAGCGGGCAACAGUUUGCAGAAAAGAUUUCCAUAAAUUCCGAUAGAUACUCUAAAAAUGAUCUUGUGUUAAUGUAUUAUGAAAUCACUUCAGUAAUCAAAAAAGAAACAGAGAAAGAUAGCAUUAAAUUUGAAAAAUCAUUAAUAUGUGAUAUAUUGUUACACUCAUUUGCACAAGCUCUUCCUAUUUUUGAAGAAAUGGAGGAGCGCUACGUCAAACUGCAUGAUCAUCGAAGUAACCUUGAAGAAAAAUUGAGACCAACGUUGGAAAUCUAUUUUAUCAACCAUUUUAAAAAGAUAGAUAAAGAAGUUUCAGCCGCUACGUCAAUUGUAAAUGUUCUUCAAGAGCCUAUCAAGUCGGAGCUUAAUGAGGGCAUUGCGAUUGAAGUUCAUAAAAAGCUUGUUUCAGAAAGCAUAUUUCAAAAUAAAAGCUCUUUCCAUGCCAGUGUUUUAAUUGAGCUGGGGAAAAAAGGUAACUUUGAGUUGUUUGUUCCUUAUUUUCAGAAUCCUGUUAAAUUUCUAAAAGAAAAACUGAAGGAAUCGGUUGAAAAAAUUUGCCUGAACAAAAAAUCAUCUCUGGUCAAAACGUUGUUAAAGCAAAAGGGAGAGAAGCUCAAGUCAGAUAUUUUAUCUGCCAUUGAUGUCACAAACAAACACGUAAAAGAUAAACUCAAACAAGAAAAGAGGGAAUGGAAUAUAACAAAAUGGAUUGAAAGAUUUGUGAAAGAGUGUUCUUCUCUUGCCAUCACGAAAGAAAUGUUUGGUGUGGCUACAAUGGAUGAAGAUUUAAAAGAACCUUAUUUAUUUGACAUGAAAGUUCCGGAGCUCGUUUCUAACUUUAUACAAUCUCUAGUUGAUGUUGAACUAGAUAGUGAAACUAUUAUUAAUUGGCAGCCACCGCUUUACGAAAGGCUUUUUACAUCAAUAUUUGGAUGUCAAGCUCUUUGCCCAUUUUGUCAAGUUUUGUGUGAUCAAACUAAUGACCAUUCGAAACCUUCAGACAAUUAUCAUAAUCUGACCACUCUACCAAAGCACUCGACAAAAUUGCAUCGUCCUCUAGGUUUGAUUGGUUUUCACAACAAAAAAACUAAGAUAUUAUCUCAUGAAACCUGCCCAAAUAGGGUAGCGGGACGCUUGAAAUUUACACUCUCGGAUACAAACAAUAAAGAGUAUUUCUAUAAAGAUUAUCAGUCAGUAAACAAUUAUUACAAAUCCUGGUCAAUUCCUCCCGAUCGUUCAUUUGAAACCUUCAAAUAUUGGAAAUGGUUCAUGGUAAAGUUCUCAAAAGAACUGGCAAAACAUUAUGGGAGAACAGAAGCACACGAUAUUCCCCGGGCUUGGAAAAAAGUGACGUUCGAUGAAGCUAUAGAACAACUGAAGAAGGAAUACAAACUAUAA